AAUGAGGUUCUACUCCUUGCCAUCUGGUUGUUGUUAAUUCAUGUCUUAUUUCUCCAAUCAAUGCUGUCAGAUGCAUUAACUUUUUAGGAAUGCAUCCAACAUUAGGACAUGUGCCUCCUGUUCCCCAUUGGAUCCAUGUGGACUUGGUUUGAUGUAAUCUGCUAAUUCCACUAGCUUGCCUAACUUUUAGGCUUCAUCAACUACUGUUAGACCGCCAGAACUUCCACUUAUAAUAAAUAUGUCAUAUUGA